UUUACACGCAAGAGUCGAAGCAGCAGUGAGAGAGGAGAGUGAGUAGCGGGCACGGCGUGUAAGCGCGGAUUCAGAACGACUGGUGGACCGCGACUCUGGAUAAGUUUCUUCGCAGGCAGCACGAUCUCUGGCAGCUCUUCCGAAUUAUUACAUCUCUUUAUUUUUCUUCUGCUGCUUUUUGAAUUCAAGGGAGUUAUCUUCUUUCCAUUGAUAACUGAUGUUGCGGAAAGAAAUACUCUUUGAAGAAUUUUAGGUCACGAUAAAUAGAAAGGAACAACAAUAACAACUUGGCAGCCUGGAGAGGAGUUUAACCAAUAAGUCGCUGACAUUGUGAAGUUGGAAUAACGGGGCACGGAACCGGAGUUCGCGGCAACUGUACGGUGGAAACAAGCUGGGGAACUCCCUGUCCCGAGAUGCAAGGAAUAAUGACACACCAGAGUAGCUGAAGUUGGUGAUCUGCACCUUUGUGGUUCAACAUGGAGCUCAAAGUAUGGGUAGAUGGCGUUCAGAGAAUUGUCUGUGGAGUCACAGAAUCCACCACAUGCCAGGAGGUGGUCAUAGCUCUUGCCCAAGCUAUAGGUCGUACAGGAAGAUACACACUGAUAGAGAAAUGGAGAGAUACAGAGAGACAUUUAGCACCACAUGAAAAUCCAAUCAUGUCUCUCAAUAAAUGGGGUCAAUAUGCCAGUGAUGUGCAGCUUAUUCUGAAGAGAACUGGACCCUCACUUAGUGAGAGGCCAACAUCCGAUUCCAUGGCCCGCAUACCAGAAAGGACCUUGUAUAGGCAAAGUUUGCCUCCUUUAGCUAAGCUCAGGCCUCAGAUGGACAAGUCAUUAAAGCGGAAAGAACCCAAGAGGAAAUCCUUAACUUUUACUGGUGGUGCCAAAGGACUGAUGGAUAUAUUUGGCAAAAGUAAAGAGACAGAAGUGAGGCAAAGGAUAUUAAACAAUAAUUCAUCUAAAACUACCACAGAAGAGCUGGUCAAGCUGGUCCAGCUGCAAAAAGACAAACUACAUUCCUUGGAAAGACAGCUAGAGUGCCAUGAGGCAGAACUGAGGUCUUGGGCAGAAAGACACAGCAACGGACUAGAGGAGGAAAUAAUGAGACUAGAGCAGAGGAUCAAGAAGAGUGAGAUAGAAAUUGAAGAGGAGGAAUUCUGGGAAAAUGAACUGCAAAUUGAACAGGAGAAUGAAAAACAAUUGAAAGAGCAGUUUCAAGAAAUGAGGCAACGAGUCCAAGAGUGUGAAGAUAAACUCAGGGAAUAUAUGACAAAGAUCCACAGUAUGGAAGCAGGCAUUGACGCAGAGAAACUUCAGCAGGAGUUUCAGGAGACACAGCAAAUCAAUGAAGAGGACCUGAAGGCCAAGAUCAUCAAGGUCAAAGGGGAGCUGGAUCUGCAUGGUCAGCAGACGGCUAGGCUAGAGAACAGCUGCCGAGCUGUUGAGCGAUCUUUGGGACAGGCCACUAAGAAAUUACAGGAAAAAGAGCAAGAGCUUGAACGGCUUACCAAGGAGCUGCGACAGGUAAACCUUCAGCAGUUCAUCCAGCAGACGGGAACUAAGGUCACUGUGCUGCCAGCAGAGCCAACAGAGGAGGAGACCAUUCAGCGGGACUUAGACAAAGAGACCACAGCUCAGAUUGGUUCCCUGAAACAAGGUUCAUCACGGCAACUGCCCAGUAAUCUGCGGAUCCUCCAAAAUCCCCUUUCAUCUGGCUUCAACCCCGAAGGCAUUUAUGUAUAAUGCCUAAAUUCCACUGAGAAAAAUGAAGAUUCGUGAACACCACUUGAACCUUUCUCCACUGCUGCAUGACUGUGCUCUGAAGCUAAUAUUUUGCUGUCAUUUGAAGUUCAUGCUGAUUGAGCCGUAACCUUCUUUGCACUGAAACUUGAGAAAUGCAAAAAGCCUGUACUCACCAAGAGCUGGUAUAUGUGUGUGGGACGGGCAUCAUUAACAAAAUAUGGACUUGGGAGCAAGCAUGUCUGACAAGUUGCCAUUUUUGUUAAACUACACACAGAGUGUGGUAGUUCAGUAUUUGUAUUCGUAAUGGAAAGGACAAGAAAUGGAUGAUAACAAAAAGGCUCUCUAGUAAACGGUUUCUGACUGAGGCAGUGAUGGAUGAAGUGUUGGGUUUAGUUAGAGUAAUACCUACUGAGGUCAUUUAAACCAUCAAAUACACAUCUUAGUCAUGCGUCUUUAAACCAAAGGUGAGUUCUGAAAGUGUAGGACAAAAAGAAACAAAAUAUUACCAGCUUAUCAAAAACUGAAAAAAAGCCUUAUGUAUUUUUUU